ACUGUCAACAAAAAAAAAAUGGCGUGCGCGACUUUACAUUCGUAAGCCCGUAAGUUUCCGGAAAAUCCUCUUGAUUUGGCGGGUUGCCCCUGGCCAAAUUAAGAGGAUUUGAAUGGCAUGAGCACUUAAGAAUAAGCUCAUUAAGGCCCGCACCGCAAACGCAAGGAAUAAAGCUCAUCAAAGUGCAGCAGAUGCCGGAACAAUCUUCACCAACCGGCCGAACAAACACCGGAGCGGCUCCAGUGCCCCAACACCAGGCUCCGUAGAAGCGGCAGCAGCUGUGGUCUGUGAGAAAUUGUAAAUACAACUCGAGAUGGCAUAUGCAGCGAUUUGCCAGAUUUGGUGGUGGUGGCGGCUAAGAAAAAGUUUUCCGGAAACCUUGAAUCCCAAAAAUUACCCGAGUGUGAUCGGUUCCAUAGACCAAGAUCCUGCGUGUCACAAUCAAAUAGCUUGUGGCAGAAGUUCCCUCUGACAUGCAAUUGCUGUGAAAUGCAUUUUUAAGUAUCUACAUAAUCUAAAAUUGGCUGAAAGGAUGAGGCAAAACAAUCGGUUGCACUACGGUGGGCAGAAUCUGAGUUUCUCUAGAAGCCUCUCAAAAUAAAAUGCCGGAAUCGGUCCGCGGGUACUGUAGAGGAUAAGCUGAGGGUAUGAAAAUAAAUCAUAUUUAGAAAAACUUAAUUUGGAGUUAAAAUUAAUGUUGUACCAAAUUCAUCUAAAUAUUCACAUCAGAUUUUAUUCAAGUGCAUUUCUACUGCGUUACGGUAGCAAACCAUAAUGUAUACAUCUUGUUUGCUCUAAUUACUUAGAAAAAGUUCGCUUUUGUUUCACUCGUUACAACGCGUCGGUUCGGAAAUAUGGAAAACUAUCGGCAUCUCUCGUGCGCCUCUCGCGAAUCCACUCGCACUCUACCGGUCGGAUUCGAGUUCGUCGUUCGCUCGUACUCUCUCGGUGUUAGAUGGAGAAAUGAGCGAACUUAACUGUUGUGGGCGUCUUGCUCUACAAAACCCCUCGAUCAUCUACGCCUCUGAGCUCCGGUGUGACAGCUCGGUCUGUCUCCCUUGCGACGCCACAAGAAGCCAACCACAAAGAAGAAGAAUACAAGAGAAGUGUCUUAUACAAUGAGUUGAAUAAAUGUAAGCCUAGAAGUAACACGCGGUUUUAAUUGCUCCGACAAUUCAACUAUAUUUUAACGGUUUUAAUUAGUUAUUUCUUAUGAGUUCGCGUUCUAAUUAUUCGGCCACCGUGCGGGGCGUGAAUUCAUAAAAGUGGCGACUUCGGAAGUGGAAUUUUACUCGAGUUUUUAAGCUAAAACCCUUCGGGUAAAACGUCGACCACGCGGAAACGUAGAAGAAUGAAUUCUUCUCAUGAGGACAUUUCGGACCAAGUUCCGACCGAAAACGGUCAGCAGCAGCCUACAAAUGGUGCCAGGAACCCUCCUCCAUCGUUUCCUCAGCAGCCGUUCAUACGUCCACCAGUUCUCCAGCAAGUUCCUCCAUCUCGUGCCGAUCCGUACAUGCAGUACCUACAGCAGCAGCAGCAAGGUUAUGUUUCGGAGCUGUUAAGGCAGCAGCAGGAGAUGAUGAGGCAACAACAGGAGGCAAUGAAACAGCAGCAACUUGCCUUCAUCCAGCAGCAGGAACAACUCAUGCGGAGCAUGAUGUCGUCCAUUCAGGUCCAAGUUCCUCCGAAUCCUGAAGCGCUACUAGACUCUUUAGCAAACAAUAUAAAAGAGUUCCGGUACGAUUUGGAUGGCCAGAUAACAUUCGCUGCCUGGUAUCGGCGAUACGAGGACUUGUUUGAAAAAGAUGCUAGCAGGCUGGAACCACCAGCUAAAGUUCGCCUGCUAAUGAGAAAAUUGGGAAUCGCGGAACAUGACAGGUAUGUGAGUUUCAUUUUACCGAAAACGCCGAAAGACUUUACGUUUGUGGAAACAGUUGGGAAACUCACUACCUUGUUCGGAUCACCAGAGUCGGUCAUCAGCCGCAGAUACCGCUGCCUGCAGAUUUCCAAACAGUCUUGCGAAGACUAUGUGACGUAUGCCUGCCGACUAAACAAGUUAUGUGUUGAGUUCGAACUGUCUAAGCUAAGCGAAGAACAGUUCAAAUGUUUAGUUUUUGUGUGUGGGCUAAAGUCGGAGAAAGAUGCGGAAAUCAGAACACGUUUGCUGACGAAAAUAGAAGAGCGGAAUGACGUUACUCUAGAACAAAUUUCCGAAGAAUGUCAGCGCCUUCUGAAUCUGCGUCACGAUGCUGCUAUGAUCGAAGCUCCGGCAGCUUCCGUGAAAGUUUUGCGGUCCGGUAAACAACGAGCAAGAACGGUGAACAAAAAUCCAACGAAAUCGUUCCCGAAAAGUGCAUGUUGGCUCUGUGGGGGGAUGCAUUAUGCUCGUGAUUGUGUCCAUAAGAACCAAAAGUGCAAUGAUUGUGGAAAGUGGGGGCACAAACCUGGAUUCUGCCAGAGCGCAGCGAAAAUGCGAAGUGGGAGAUUCGAGCAGCGGAAGGGCAGUGUUGCAGCAAAAGUGGUUACAGUGAACACUUGUAGUGUAAAAGAAAGACGAAAAUAUGUGAAAGUUGAUCUGAACGGAACAGUUGUGCGACUUCAAGUCGACACCGGGUCGGAUAUCAGUAUAAUAUCCAGUGAUACGUGGUGUAAAAUUGGAAAACCCGGACUUUGUUCGUCGACUGUUGUCGCCAAAACCGCAACCGGAAAGCCAUUGGACAUUUGUGGCGAAUUUGAGUGCACAUUAAUGAUUAAUGGCAAAACCUUGCCUGGACUACUACGAGUGACAAGUGAAAACCUCCAUCUAUUGGGAACGGAUAUCAUCGAAGUGUUUGGGUUGUGGUCGGUUCCUUUGGAUACCGUCUGUGGCCAAGUGACCAGCAGUAUAUCGACCGUAGAAGGAUUGAAGAGCGAGUUUCCGUCGGUGUUCACAGAGCAACUGGGACUCUGUAAGAAAGUGCAAGUGAAACUGGAGCUAAAAGCCGGCAAGUCACCUGUGUUCCGGCCGAAGCGGCCAGUGGCGUAUGCGGUACACGAAGCGGUGAACGACGAAUUGGAUCGUCUCGAACGGGAGAAAAUCAUCACACCUGUCGACUUUUCGGAUUGGGCAGCCCCAAUCGUCGUUGUCCGGAAAGCCAAUGGAUCGAUUAGGAUUUGUGGUGACUAUUCAACAGGGUUGAAUGAUUCUUUGCAGCCCCACCAGUACCCUCUCCCGUUGCCCCAAGACAUCUUUGCGAGUCUGGCUAAUUGUACAGUGUUUAGCCAGAUCGAUUUGAGCGAUGCGUUCCUCCAGGUUGAAGUGGAGGAUGGUUCAAAAAGUUUGCUGACGAUAAACACGCAUCGGGGCUUGUACCGCUACAACAGGUUGACACCAGGAGUGAAGGCGGCUCCCGGAGCCUUUCAGCAAAUCGUGGACCAAAUGCUGACUGGUCUCGUGCACACUUCUGGUUACCUUGAUGACGUUGUUGUUGGUGGCAUCAACGACGAAGAUCACAGGAAAAAUUUGCGUGCAGUUUUCCAAAGGUUCGAGGAGUUUGGGUUUACGAUCCGAGCAGAAAAGUGUUCUUUCGGGAAAAGUCAAAUCCGAUACCUGGGUCACCUCCUCGAUCGUCACGGGCUCCGACCAGAUCCAACUAAGAUCGAAACGAUCCUCAAGUUACCUGCUCCUGCUGACGUUAGUGGUGUGAGAUCGUUCCUUGGAGCGCUGAAUUAUUACGGGAAGUUCGUCCCAAAUAUGCGCACUUUGAGAUACCCGAUGGACGAACUACUCAAGGAAGGUGUCGAAUUCCGGUGGACAACCGAUUGCCAACGUUCUUUUGACCGGUUCAAGGAGAUUCUUAGCUCGGAUUUGUUAUUAACUCACUACGAUCCGACGCUUGAGAUUAUUGUAUCCGCUGAUGCAUCGUCCGUAGGUGUCGGUGCAACGAUUAGCCACAAAUUCCCGGAUGGUAAAAUCAAAGUGGUUCAGCACGCUGCUCGUGCUCUCACCAAAGCGGAACAAGGGUACAGUCAGCCGGAUAGAGAGGGGUUAGCUAUCAUUUUCGCCAUAACCAAAUUUCAUAAAAUGGUUUUUGGCCGGAAAUUUCGCUUGCAAACGGAUCAUGCUCCUCUUCUCCGCAUCUUCGGCUCUAAAAAGGGCAUCCCAGUGUACACAGCAAACCGUCUACAGCGUUGGGCUCUCACUUUACUGUUGUACGAUUUUGUGAUCGAGCACGUAUCAACCGAAAAGUUCGGACAUGCAGAUGUCCUAUCGCGGCUCAUUGACCACCACGCAAAGCCGGAUGAAGACUACGUCAUCGCAACCGUCACCUUGGAAACCGAUAUCAGGUCAAUCGUACAUGACGCUACUAAUGCUCUUCCUCUUAGUUUCAAGGUGAUUGAGAAGGACACCCAAUCUGAUCCCGAGCUCCGUAAGGUAUUCCGGUACGUGAAAGACGGUUGGCCACCAGACGCUGGCACUACAGAUCCGGAAAUAAAGCGCUAUUUUUCUCGUCGUGAUUCGUUGACCACCUUCGAUGGGUGUAUUUUAUUCGCCGAGCGCUUGGUCAUUCCGGAAAGACACCGAAACCGUUGUUUGAAGCAGCUACACCUGGGACACCCAGGAAUCCAGCGUAUGAAGGCCAUCGCCAGGAGCUAUGUGUACUGGCCUACGCUGGACGACGAUAUUGCGGCGUACGUUAAGUCUUGCAAGAAUUGUGCAUCAGCAGCAAGAUCACCGGCAUCCUUACCACCGAUUCCGUGGCCUAAGCCUACAGGCCCAUGGAGUCGCGUCCACAUCGACUACGCUGGCCCGAUCGACGGUGACUAUUUCUUGCUAGCCGUUGACGCCUUUUCGAAAUGGCCUGAAGUGAUUCCGACGCGCCGUAUAUCAACGACAGCAACGAUUGGUAUUCUGAGAAACAUUUUCUCACGGUUGGGAAUGCCGCAGAUCCUGGUUAGCGACAACGGGACCCACCCAGGCGACCAAAAGUCGCAUACUAACCUAAACACGGGAUUCCAAAGUUCACAUUUGGUUGCACAAUGGUUUUACGGGACUUUCAAGGAACUCAUAUUACGUAAAAGUCACCCAGAUACUUCCAUCGCCCUCUGAAGGGCUAAAGCAUUAAAAAUAGAACUUCAAUGGACCUUUUAUGCGACAUCUUCUUGAAGGCAAUCAUAGUGUCUGCUAUGCUCUUUCUAACGAACCAUAAAAUCACAUCUGGAACCUUUAGGAGAAUUUCAAGCGAUUUGUCAAAUAUUUCUGACAUUUCUGUAAUUUUUUUCUGAUUGUUUACAUCUGCAGAACAUUCAAUGCAAUUCGAUAAUUUAUAGUUUGUGAUAGCCAAGAGAAAGUGAGUUUCACCACCAGGAGGAAAAAUUGCUUAAGAGCCCUUGGCGAGCAUCAACAACCGACCGGACCUGGACAGGAAACCCUUAAAUCACCAUGGAUAUAAUGAAAACCAGGCAGUUCCACCUGAGCGAGGCAAUUGUUACCCUUCAUCAAUCAUUUUCCCGUCUGCGAAAUAGGAAAUCCUUAUGGUCAAGACCUUAAGCCUCCCAGCCAGCUUUAAUGCGGAUCAUCAUCACCAAAUAUGCCCUCCGAAAUGCCUAGAGAAUCCAAUCAAAGUCAUCAACUUUGACCGGGGAGGUAGUUCCUGUGGCAAGUAUUUUAAUCUGUGUUUGGCUAUGCUGGCGUUUUGGACACAUUCACAUCGUUCCGGAAGGCCGAGCCA